AAGUCUUACUGCUAGAGGUAGGUCGCCUGCAGACUCAGCAGGUUACGGGAGCUGAGAAGUGGGUGCCAAAGGGAUAAGGGAGGAUAGAAGGGGGUGUAAGGGGAUUAGGGGUUUUGGGGGGUUUUGGCAUAGGUUGGGGAGAAGGGGGACUAGGAGGGGUUAGAAUGGCUUUUAUAGGUGGGAAAUACUUGGAGAGAGUGAAAGGAGGGCAUGGAGAUAAUAGAGAUUUGAAAGCGAUCAAUCUUUUUGGGGUUAGUCCGGAAAUGCAGUAUAAGUCGCAAAGUCCUUAUCUCAGCAAGAUUAGAUUCAGAAAGGUUAGAGGUAUUAAAUCGCCAAUACUGGAAUCAUCUGCGUCUCCAAGACAAUCUCCUAAACCUAUCGAGAAAGAGAAGAGACUUGAUACAAAUCAAGAAGAGUUUGACGAUGUAAAGAAAAUCUUAAAGAAAUCUGAAGAAAAGCAGACCAGAGUUUUACAAAUGAAAAAGAGUUAUCUUACAGCAAGGAUGUAUAAAUAAGAAGUACAAGAAGCCAUCUCCAAAGUCUCUUAAGAAAAAAUUUAAUCUUUUUGAUCCUGAAAAAAACUUACUAAAUCCAAUUUUACCUAAUAUGUUGAAACUCCAAAAACCGAAAGUGCCUAGUUCUAUCACUUCAAAACUUAAACUUUUAAUCUCAAAGAGAAAAGAACUACUUCAAAAUUCCAAGACUUCUCAAUUACUUCCCCCACCUCCACAUUACUUUGCAUCUACAGAGAUAAUCCAUAAUACAAACUCUCCCAAAGAAAGCUCUUUACAAUCCUUAUACUCAGAUGUCUUGAUCUCAAGACCCCCUACCACAAUGCCCACUCGUAAACCCCACCAAGGCUCAAUCCACAAAUUCCUCCACCAGACCCCUUCCAAAAAUACACCUUCUAGAAGAAAGACCGCUUCUCACCCCUUCAGAUCUCCCCCCAAAACCCCCAAUCCCUAUUUCCCUUACCCAACCCCCACUUUCUCCACCCAAAACUUCCCAAACCCCUCCCCAAUCUCCCCUAGUAAUCCCCUCCUCACAAUUUAAGUGCUCUUCUCCUGGAGCUAGGCUUCUGUGCCAGGACAAUAUGUACUUCUCCCACUUAUUUAAAAUUCCUUCUAUGGUACCUAGUCCAAAAGCACAGCCUAAGAAGUCAAGGAAUUAUAGAAGGAAAUAUGCGAAGAAGGAAGGAAGAGAUUGUACUGUAGAGCAAGAGAAGGGUGUGAAUAAGAGUAUAAAGGAAGAGCCAACUUUUCGUCAGGUUGAGGAUAGGGAAAAGGAGGAGUCAAUUUCUCAGAUAGAGUGAACUCAAGAUGGAUUCCUGAAUUUGGAGCAAAGUGAGAGGAAGAAGGAUGGUGAAGGUGAAGAUGGGGGGAAGGAAGGUUAA